UGGGCAUAAAAGUGGGUGAGGCUCUAGUUCAGAGAAAGCAGAUCAUGGCCAUAAUGGCAGACUACCUGUACAUGCUAAUGAGGGAUGUGUAUGGAGAGAAGGCUCCAGUGAAGAUCAUGUCUGUCAGUAUAGGCAGUCCAAAACCUGUUCAAGUGUUACGAGGUGAACUGCUUGCUCUAAUUUACCAUAGAGAAUUGGCACAGCGCUAUGAAGGAAGACCACCUCACAACUUUCGCUCAACAAAAGACACCAGUGUCACACUGUAUUGUGGUGAAGACGAUCAGUUCGAUCAUGUGUCUCCACUGAAUGGCAUAGAUCUACAGCUUUUGAAAGCUAUUGAGAACCCUUCCGAUCGAUUUGCUGUGUUCUCUGAGGACUAUAAGCUGGAAUGGGGUGGCAAGCUGAAGAUAGGUGACCAGGUCUAUGUGAGGCUCCCCACACCUGCACCUACCUGGUCUGCUGGUGUAGUGAGAUAUGUUGGACCUGUGUCAUCAUUACCAGGGAGGAACUUUGGAGUGGAGAUUACAGACUCUCGUUACCUUGGAAAAGGCAGCAGUGAUGGUUUCUUUGGGAGAUACAGAUAUUUUGACUGUGAUCAAGACUACGGUCUCUUUGCGUCUCUGGAUAAGCUUGCUGCUAAACCACCUCACCAAGUGCCCCAUGGUUCCACACGUCAGCAGCUAAAGAGCUCUUCUCCAUCAGGGGUCAACUCUUCUACCCACGGGUCACCUACCGAUAAGCUCCCUACACGUAUGUUCAAGAUCAACGAUCGUGUGGUGGUCUACAACAAGAAGAAAGAACCCAUGGGUGGAACUGUUCGCUGGAUUGGCAGGAAUUUACAGACUAGAACACUGGAUACCAACCAUAUCGGCAUUGAAACAGACUCAAUUGCUGUCACUAAUUUCUUCCCUAAAGCACUGACAGCAAUAAAUCGCUUGUUUAAGGCUAAAUCUGGUCAUCGUUUAGUGGUCCCUGAGCACUUUGUGUUUAGAGAAGUGUUUAGAGAAGAGUUGGCCAACACUCGAGAUGUUGACCUUUCAGACCCAGCAGCUGUUGCACGUGAGGAAGGCUUGAGUAAGGGACAGUUUAUGGCAGAGCAGAAGAAAGCUUUGAAGGAUGCUGAAGAGGCUAAAAGAAAGGAGAACAGAAAGAAAACUGCAAAUGUACAACCUAAUAUGAAACGAGUGACGAAUCAUACCCCACCACAAAACACUGGGGAUGCAGACUAUGUUAACAUUGAAGCAGUAGAGCAGAGUCAACAAAACGACCAACCGAAUCAACCAUCUCAGUUAAACGAUUACGAUUCCUCGAGAAGCUCCAACCCCUACAACCUGGCAGUGGGUUCAACUGUUCAAGUGGCAACUAUAAAUCCCAAUGAGCCACCACACUAUGGAGUGAUCAGGUGGACUGGCAGAGUAGCUGGAGUGGAUGGUCAGGUGGCAGGGAUUGAACUAGAGGACUACAUGGACGGAUGUACUGAUGGAACCUUCAAAACCACAGGAGAGAAGUAUUUCACCUGUACCUUUGGUCAUGGACUGUAUUUCCCACUGGCUAGCCUCUGUCCUGACGAAAGGUUUGGACUACAAGCUGGACACGCUGCAUCAUCAGUAGGGAAUCCUAUACAAGUCCCAAUGGAGGAGAAAACAGACCAAUUCAUUAAUGAGCAAAUGUUGAGAUACAUUGGAAACAGUCGUGGUAUCCAGGGUCACCAGAACUCCUGCUACCUGGACUCUACCAUCUUUGGUCUGUUUGCCCUCAGUGAUGUCUUUGACACCAUCUUCCUGGACCCAGACAAAUCCAAUAUCACCAGCGAUCAGAACAGGAAACGUGUUGCCCACCUACUGUGGAAGGGAAUCGUCAAUCCUCUCAGAAAGAAUGGUGUGGUGAGGUUUGAGUCAGUGAUGAUGAUGAGAAAUGCUCUGGAAGAACUCGGGAAGAUGGAGGGAAUCACUGAGAAGGAGAAAGAUCCUGAGGAGUUUCUGAACAUGCUCUUCAAGCACAUGCUACACACUAAGGCAUUCAUCUCCAUCAGACGUCCGUUUGGUGUGGAGCAAGAGUUCUUUGUUCAGCUAUUUAUGGAGCACGACCCAAACCUCAGACUACCCACUGUAGGAGACCUACUCAGAAAAAUGUUCCUAGAGCAGCACAUCUCAUUCACAAAGGUUCCCUCAAAGCUUCUGCUUCAAGUUCCUCGGUUUGGAAGAGAGUUCCAAACAUACAAGAGGAUUGUUCCAGAGCUGAAACUGGACAUCAGAGAGUUGACUGACACCUACAAAAAAUCUCCAGCUCCACCCUGCCAUUCAUGUGGGGAGGAGUCAACUAUCCAGUGUGAUAGUUGUGGUCCUCUCAGUCAGCAGCAGUUCACCCACUACUGUCAGCGCUGCUCUGACCUCUUCCAUCACAACCCCUCUUACAAGGACAGAGCUAAUCAUAGGCUAACUGUUGCCGUUGUUCCUGCUACUCCAGCUGAUGAUCCUGGUCUGGCACAGUUGGACCUCCUCUCUGUAAUCUGCAUUGAGACCAGUCACUACGUCUGCUUCACUAGAGACCCAAGGGAUGAGAUUCAGAAGAAGUGGAUCUUCUUUGACAGCAUGGCAGAUAAGCAAUUUAACACAUACAACAUUCCACGUGUGACUGACUGCACUCGUGAGCUGAAUGAGUGGGUGUAUGAGGGAGACCAGGACAGGUUGAUCAACACACCACCAAGAGAGCUACCAGAGUUGGUCCGACGGUUCACUCAAGACAUCUACAUGUGUGUCUAUGUUCAGCCUGAUGUCGCCAUGUAUGGAGACGGUGGUGAAGAGGAUCAUCAACCACAUUCAGUCAGAGAGCCUUACUCAAUUAUCACUGAAUUGUCCAAGCUUAUGGAGAGCAAAGAUGACAUCGUUGAGGAGCUCAAGCAAGAAAUCACUUCUCUUAAGGCCAAGAAUAGAAGUCUUCAACAGAGAAUAGAAACCAAUCAGGCCGAGCAGUCUCAACAUAUCCAACUAUUGGAAGCUGAAAAGCAACAGUUGUUACAACGAUACAAUGAGCGAGAACGUAUCACCUCUCAAGAAAUGGCCGAGAAAGAAGAGCAAAUACAACAACAAAAGCAAAAUUCAGAUAAUGAAAAGCACCAACUGGAAAGACAGAAGCAACACCUUGAAGCUCAAUCACAGUGCUACCAACAGCAGGCUCAGGACAUGCAACAAAGGCUAGAGGUGGCAGAAAGCUCAAAGUUUUCUGAACUCCAAAUUCCGCGACUAGACCAAGACUCGUGGAAUGUACGAAGACAAGAGGUUGUGUUGCAAGACAACCUAGGACAUGGUGCUUGGGGAUCAGUGUGUCGAGGGUUGUUCCGUGGUCAGCAAGUAGCAGUAAAGUGUGCACACACAAAAAUACUCCACAAAAACACGAUUGACCUGCUCAAAAGAGAGAUUCGAAUCAUGGCUCAUGUUCAACACCCCAACCUGGUGCGACUGAUUGCUGCUGUAGUGGACGCUGGUGUGGAGAGAGGUACUGACUCACCUCUGCUUGUUCUGGAGUUUCUUGACACAGACCUUCGAUCUGCGUAUGAAAGGAAAAUUGUUAAUUUCCAAAAGGAUGCUUUGUUAUCGAUAUUUCGAGAGGUGGCUUAUGCCCUCCACUACCUCCACGAGCAUCAAGAGCCCAUCAUCCACCGUGAUGUGAGUGCUCCCAAUGUCCUCCUCCAGCAAAUACACCCAGGAGUUUGGAAGGCAAAACUAUCCGACUUUGGAUCAGCCAAUCUGGCUAAAAGCUGCAAGACAGCAGCUCCUGGUGCUAUUGUGUAUGCUGCCCCCGAAACCUUCCCACCAUCUAAUCUGGACGAUCCCCUUCCGAAACAAACUACAAAGAUUGAUGUGUACAGUUACGGCUACCUCCUAGCUGAGGCCAUUGCCAAGGAGAUGCCUUCCCCUGAGAACAGAAGAGCAAUACUAUUACGUAUCAAGAGUGAGUGGGAACAAGUGUACGAUAUCAUAGCAGCUUGCGUCGAGAGCCAACCAGACAAUAGACUAUCAAUGACCCAAGCACUUGAAAAACUCAAUAAGCUGCCGUCUCAGUAACUAUUAAUGCAUAUUUACAUGUUACCAAGUGCUAGAUCUGAUAUUUUGUGUGAUUUUUUUGUUUGAUGUAUAAAUUAAUUGUUAUGAUGAUCA